AUGCCUCCAGACACCAAGACGAAGAUCCGCCCCCAACAAUCCUGUCUCAAGUGUCGCGAGCGCAAAGUCAAGUGCGAUCGCUCGAUCCCCUGCCAUGCCUGUAUAAUCCGCGGCCUCGACGCAGAAUGCACGUACACCGCGAGCGCCGAAGACCGCGCCCACAUCAGCCAAGCAGAUAUCAUCGAGCAGUUAAGGCGGGAGGUCGCCCAGCUCCGCGGUCGGCUAAAUCAACCGCGGGAACCGGCACGGCCGACGCAGAAGAGCUGGCGAGCUCAUCCGUAUGCGCCCGCCCGCAAGGAGUUCAAAGAGAGGGAGGGGAGCUGGAGUGGGAGUUCGCCUUCUUCGACGACAAUGACGGGGUCAGCCAACGUUACAAGUCCUGAUAGUACGGGGAGUGAGAUUGGUGCCGGGUCAGUGUCUUCAAGAUCUGUUUCGUCGCGGUCGGCGUCCGUUUCGGCCCCUGCGACUUCGAGUUCGACGGCGACGGCGCCUGCUACGGUUUCGGCUCCAUAUCUGUUUGCGCGGGAGGAUGGCCCCAGUCAGGAAUUAGAUCUUGGACAAACACAUUACCUGGGCUUUGGGGAUGUCAAUCAGGGUCCUGUGCACGGACUGCCUGCGCCCCCGGAAUCACUCCCUUUUUAUCCUCAUAUAAACUAUACGACACCUGUUCCGACGCAGUACGAUCAUAUAUCAACAGAGAAUCAAGGGUGGGAAGGAUACGAGGGUAUGGGGCCGAUGCCAGUUCAAAUGCCCGCGCCAUACCCGUCUCAAUAUUCGUCUAUCGACUCUUUCGCCAAUGCCAAUGCCAACACCUAUGCAGAUGCAUCUCUGACCGCCUCGGGCGAUACGACCAGUCACGCCAGCCCCAGUUCCGACAGUCUCUCGCCGACGAUCAUGAAUUCCAUACCCAGUUCCUGGAAAGGCGAAGGCAAAAAGGCCGUACUGCAAGCCCUCCUGGAAACAAUCGGGAGUUGCGACGAACACCAGGUCUCCCGAGUGAUCCACGUCGUGCGGACGAGUCCCACGCCCGAAGACGCCGUUUCAGGGAUAUGUCAAGUCCUCGGACUUGGGACCGGGUGGUAG